AUGAGUGAAGUCGGUAUACAUAAUCACAGAAAAUCAGUGACAAAACCUAGGAGAAGAGAGAAGGUUAUCGAAUUAAUUGAAGUAGAUGGCAAGAAGGUAAGUACAACAUCAACGGGUAAACGCAAAUUUCACAACAAGUCGAAAAAUGGCUGUGACAAUUGUAAAAGAAGAAGAGUGAAAUGUGAUGAAGGAAAGCCAGCCUGCAAAAAGUGUACAAAUAUGAAAUUAGAGUGUCUAUAUACUCCAAUCCACUUACGCAAAGGGAGAGGCGCAACGGUGGUAAAAUACGUCACUCGAAAGGCUGAUGGUAGCGUUGAGCCCGAGUCCUCGGUAGAUUUGCCAACUAUGGUCAAGAAGGAGCAGACGCCAUUUGAUGAUGUUUCCUCAGCAAUAAAAGCUUCGGGAUCAUCAAACGAUUCAUACCCAUCUAGCACUUCCACAACGAAAAGCGAAAGUGAAGAAAAAUCAUCAGUACCUAUAGAGGAUAAAAAUACUAUGACCCCUCUAAGUAUGGGUCUGCAGAAUACAAUAAAUAAAAAAGAUAUGAUGAACAGUUUCUUCUCUCAGAACGGCACUAUUGCAUUUGGCUCCCCAGAAAGGCUAAACUCGGGAAUUGAUGGCUUGUUGCUACCACCUUUGCCCUCUGCAAAUAUGGGCCCUUUCCAACUGCAACAACAAACUCAGUCGCAGCAGACUCAGUCGCAGCAAACUCAACCCCAGAAUCAAUCACAGCGGACCCAAACGCAGCAACAACCACAACCUCAACCGCAGCCAGCAAGUGGGACUCCAAGCGAUAGGUAUGGCUCGUUUGAUCUCGCUGGUAGUCCUGCCUUGCAAUCGACGGGUAUGAGUUUAUCGAAUAGUUUAAGUGGAAUAUUACUUUGCAAUAGGAUCCCAUCGGGACAAAAUUACACUCAACAACAGCUGCAAUAUCAAUUACAUCAACAGCUGCAACUGCAACAGCAUCAACAAGUUCAAUUACAGCAAUAUCAACAAUUACGUCAGGAACAACACCAACAAGUUCAGCAACAGCAACAGGAGCAACUCCAGCAAUACCAACAACAAUUUUUACAGCAGCAACAGCAAAUACUACUUCAGCAAGAGCAGCAACCCAACGAAGAGGAAUCUGCUAUUCGGGAGGAAACUAGCAAAAAGAUAAAGGGACAGCCUUUGCAACCGCACACAGGCGAACCUACUUUGAAUAAUGAUGCCGCCACACUACAAGCAGACGCACUAUCUCAAUUAAGCAAAAUGGGAUUGAGUUUGAAGUCCCUAAGUACUUUUCCAACAGCCGGUAUUGGUGGCGUUUCUUAUGAUUUCCAAGAAUUGUUGGGCAUAAAGUUGCCAAUGAAUAAUGGUAACUCAAGAGCCGCAAAAGUUAGCAACGCAGAGGAAGCUCUGGCCAAUAUGCAAGAACAUCAUGAGCGGGCUGCAGCUUCUGUGAAGGGAAACGAUGGUCAAUUAUCCGAUACAAAAAGCCCAACACCAUCGAACGUACAAGGAAGAAGUACCAGUAUAUUGGGAUCGCAAGGAUCUACCGCGGUUUCAACGAUGGCCCCUAUAUCAAUGAUCGGACGACAUAUGAACGGUGACGAUACCCUUUCUCCUUCGACGCCUGCUGCGGUGCUGGACGGCAGACAAGGAAUACAAGACACUUUGAGUUCUCUAGGAAAUUUGACAAAAGUAGCCUUAGAAAAUGACGGCACAACAAUGGGUGUACAAACGUCACAAACAAGGAAUGACGAUCAAGGCUCACAACAAGACAUGUCUUCAAAAUUAAACAACGAAGACGGAGAUUCUAUUUCUGUCGGUACAAGUGGUAUUUCCAAACUUUUGGAUCUUUCUACCAAGGGCAAUCUGAAUCUGAUAGACAUGAAAUUAUUCUAUCAUUAUUGUACAACGGUCUGGCCUACAAUUACUGCGGCAAAAGUUUCUGGACCUGAAAUAUGGAGGGAUUAUAUACCAGAACUGGCUUUUGACUAUCCAUUCUUAAUGCAUGCUUUAUUGGCAUUCAGUGCCACACACCUUUCGAGAACUGAAACAGAAUUAGAACAGUACGUUUCAUCUCAUCGCCUAGACGCUCUGAGAUUAUUAAGAGAGGCCGUUUUGGAAAUUUCAGAGGAUAACACUGAUGCAUUGGUUGCCAGUGCUUUGAUAUUAAUCAUGGACUCACUGGCAAACGCUAGCGGAAAUGGUACAGUAGGCAACCAAAGUUUAAAUAGUAUGUCGCCAAGUGCUUGGAUAUUCCAUGUUAAAGGUGCAGCAACGAUUUUAACCGCUGUAUGGCCAUUAAGUGAAAGAUCUAAAUUCCACAACAUUAUAUCGGUUGAUCUCAGCGAUUUAGGCGAUGUCAUCAAUCCCGAUGUGGGUACAAUAACCGAUUUGGUAUGUUUUGACGAAAGCAUUACUGAUUUAUAUCCGGUCGGCUUAGAUUCGCCAUACUUGAUAACCUUAGCUUACUUAGACAAGUUGCACCGUGAAAAAAACCAAGGUAAUUUCAUACUUCGAGUUUUUACAUUUCCAGCAUUAUUGGACAAAACAUUCCUCGCGUUAUUGAUGACAGGUGACUUAGGCGCGAUGAGAAUUAUGAGGUCAUAUUAUAAACUACUGAGAGGAUUUGCUACAGAGGUCAAGGAUAAAGUCUGGUUUCUCGAGGGUGUUACGCAAGUGUUGCCUCAAGACGUUGACGAAUACAGCGGAGGUGGUGGUAUGCAUAUGAUGCUGGAUUUCCUCGGCGGUGGGCUACCAUCAAUGACAACAACGAAUUUUUCAGACUUCGCGCUGUGA